AUGGCAUCGGAACAGGGACUGGUUCGACUAUGGAAGACGAAGCACAUCCCAGAAGUUCUCAAGAGCUAUCUAGCAAAAAAAGACCUCACCGCAUGCCGUCUAGUAUCUCGAGAGCUCGCUGUCUACAUCGCACCAAUCCUCUUCGCAGACAUUGAAGUCCGUUUCCGCAGCAGCACUUUCAACAGGCCAUCACGGAUGGCAGCUCUAGAGCGUAUCGGGGGACACAUCCAGGCCAUGACAUUUAAGAUCUCACAUGAUAGGGAGACCUUCUUACCUCCAAUCCUGGAUCCAAUCAUGGGGACAGAACAGACGUUCAUCUACACACCACAACGACGCCAACAUAGUGGCAGCCGGCAAAUGACAGAGUUAUUAGUCAAGCAGUACCCGCCUCUGUUCCAUGCAUCUACAAACAUCCCAUCAUUUGUCCAGGCAUUGACGAUGAUGAGCGGCUUGCAACAUCUGUGA